CUCGAUUCCAGAAUACGCGUUUGAAUCAUUUUAUCUCUCAAGUUUCGAAGCAGAUUACUCUGAGCUUCUCAUAUGGCGUCGAUUGAGCGUGUCAAAGUAACACAAAUCUUGGACAGCCGUAGCAAUCCCAUGAUUGAGGCAGAAGUUCAACUAACAGACGAGAUCCUCACCAGAGCCACAGUUCCUUUUUAUGAAUCCACUUUGCUUCUUGGUGGAUUCAAACAACAUGAUAAAUGGCCCGAAAGCCAGGAUUUUGAGAAAAUCAAUCGUAUUAUUGGUCCAGAAUUGAUUGGCAAGAACCCUACUGACCAAACUGGUAUUGACAACUGCUUGCUGCAACUACUUGAUGGAGCAGUUAAUGAAGAGCUUAGAGCAAUCGGAUUGGCAGUUUCUAUAGCAGUCUGCAAAGCAGGGGCUCGUGUUAUGAAUAUACCACUUUAUGAGCAUAUUGCCAACCUUGCUCGAAACAAGACCUUGGUGAUGCCAGUUCCUGCUUUCAAUGUCAUCAAUGGUGGAUCACGUGCAGGAAACAAACUUACAAUGCAGGGGUUCAAGAUCCUACCCGUGGGAGCUUGUUCUUUCAGAGAGGCCAUGGAUAUGGGAAUGAGAAUAUAUUUCCAUUUGGAGGCUGUGAUAAAGACGAAAUAUGGCCAAGAUGCAACAAAUAUUGGUUAUGAAGGUGGCUUUUCCUCCAGCAUUCAGGGGGACAAUGAGGCACUUGGGUUGCUCAAGACAGCCAUUGAUUAUGCUGGUUUAACUGGAAAAGUGGUUAUUGGAAUGGAUGUUGCUGCUUCUAAGUUUUAUGGAACAGACAAAACAUAUGAUCUGAACUUCAAAGAAAAGAAAAAUGAUGGGUCACAAAAGAUCUCAGGAGUUGCCCUUAAAAGCAUUUACAAGUCAUAUGUGGCUGAGUACCCAGUCGCUUCUAUUGAAAAUCCAUUUAACCAAGAUGACUGGGAACACUACUCUAAUCUUACCAGUGAAAUUGGAGAGGGAGUACAGAUUGUGGGAGAUAAUCUCUUGGCUAACCCAAAGACAGUCGAGAAGUUUAUCAACAAGACAACAUGCAAUUCCCCCUUUCUCAAGGUGAAGGAGUUACUGAUUCGUUUAUGCAUUAGAAAGAAAGUAGAGACUGAGGGAGAGAUCACUAUCCCAAAGAUGGUUGAGAUGGCAAUCAACAAGAAAUCAUGCAAUGCCCUUCUUCUCGAGGUUAAUCAAAUUGGGUCUGUUACUGAGAGCAUUGAAGCUGUGAAAAUGUCCAAGCUUGCUGGUUGGGGUGUCAUGGCCAGCCACCGCGGUGGAGAGACAGAGGACUUCAUUGCAGAUCUCUCUGUGGGUUUGGCAAUGGGUCAGAUCAAGACCGGAGCUCCUUGCUGGUCAGAGCGUCAUGCAGUGUACAAGAAGCUCAUGCAGAUCGAAGAGGAGCUUGGGUUAGAAGCAACUUAUGCUGGAGCCAACUUCCGCAAGCCUGUUGAGCCUUACUAGAUUUUGUUAGAGACGAUUGUGUGUGUGGCAUUAUGUAGAGAUCUGUGUAGCUUUUCCUUGCAACCAAUAAGUUAAUUGGUGUUGGUUCAAAUCCCUUGGCACGUCAAAUCUGAAUUCUGUCAGUAAAAUUCCUAUUUGCUGUUGGAUUCUUCA